CACAUCUCGGUUUCGACAGGACAUCAUUCACGAUCCUGGCCGAGGCGCUCCCCUUGCCAAGAUUGCCUUCCGUGACCCGUACAGGUUUAAGAAAAGAACCGAGCUGUUCAUUGCUGCUGAGGGUAUUCAUACUGGUCAGUUUGUUUACUGCGGCAAGAAAGCUCAGCUGAACAUUGGCAAUGUUCUGCCCGUUGGCACCAUGCCCGAAGGCACCAUCGUGUGCUGCCUCGAGGAGAAACCUGGUGACCGUGGAAAGCUGGCCCGUGCUUCUGGAAACUACGCAACCGUUAUCUCUCAUAACCCUGAAACAAAGAAGACCAGAGUGAAGCUGCCUUCCGGCUCCAAGAAAGUGAUUUCUUCUGCAAACAGAGCUGUUGUGGGAAUUGUUGCUGGCGGGGGUCGCAUUGACAAGCCCAUCCUGAAGGCUGGCCGUGCCUAUCACAAAUACAAGGCGAAGAGAAACUGCUGGCCGCGUGUCCGUGGUGUGGCCAUGAACCCUGUAGAACAUCCCUUUGGUGGUGGCAACCAUCAGCACAUUGGCAAGCCUUCAACCAUCAGGAGAGAUGCUCCUGCUGGGCGCAAAGUUGGUCUCAUUGCUGCCCGUCGUACAGGCAGACUGCGUGGAACAAAGACUGUGCAGGAAAAGGAGAACUAAAGACCCAGUGUGGAGUCUACAGAAUAAAUUUUUAAAAC